AUUUAGUGUAGAAUGUCUGCUACAAUUUAAUCUUCGAAAUUUAAAGAACAAAAUUCAAUAAUUUAGGGCAAAACUAUAAUGAAUAAGCGCAUGAAGAUUUUCGGUGGUGGAGAUAUGACUUCAACUAUGGGCCUCGGUGGACAAACUGUUCCUGUGACUAACAACAACAUGAAAGACUUCGAUGUAGCGUUGCCUCCUGAGGACACUGUUUCUUCGCUGGCUUUCAGUCCUCCGAAUAUGAACCAGACACUUCUGGUCGCGGGUUCUUGGGACAACAACGUGAGAUGUUGGGAAGUCGAGGCGUCAGGUAAGACCAUUCCAAAAUCGAUCCAAACCAUGCAAGGACCGGUUCUUGAUGUCUGUUGGAUAGAUGACGGUUCCAAAGUCUUCAUGGCGGGAAGCGAUAAAAUGGCAAAGUGUUGGGACCUCUCGACCAAUCAGUCUUAUCCAAUCGCAUCGCACGAUGCCCCCGUCAAGAUCUGUCAUUGGAUAAAAGCACCCUCAUACUCUUGCCUCAUGACUGGAUCCUGGGAUAGAACACUUAAGUUCUGGGACACACGGAGUCCUCAACCAAUGCAUUGCAUCUCUCUUCCAGAACGCUGCUACUGCGCCGAUGUGAAAUAUCCGAUGGCUGUAGUCGGAACUGCUUCAAAGAACAUAAUCAUCUAUCAACUUGACUGCGGUCCACAAGAAUACUCCAGACCGGAUUACCCUCUAAAAUUACAGAUGAGGUGUGUAUCGAUAUUCAUGAAUAAAGAAAACCGACCAACUGGAUACGCUGUUGGGAGUGUCGAAGGCAAAGUAGCCAUACAGUACAUCCAUGAACCAAGUAGCAACUUCACUUUCAAAUGCCAUCGAACGGAAUCCCCUGGAGGAUGUCAAGAGAUUUACGCUGUGAAUGAUAUCGCGUUCCAUCCUGUCCACGGUACGUUGGCGACGGUGGGUUCUGAUGGAAGGUUCAUUUUUUGGGACAAAGAUUCUAGGACGAGGUUGUACGUGUCGGAUUUUAAGGAGCAGUCUAUCAGAUGGUUGACAAUCCUGUAUACUACACCUCUGAAUCUGCCUUAUUAACAAUAAUCCAGUACUGUGAGGUCUGGAG